AUGCUCACAUUACUGUCUUCAAAUUAUGUGGCCCAACCUACGACGAGCGCUGACCUAGCCAUCGCAUCGAUUGCUUUUGGAUGGACUCUUGGUUUUGGAUGGUUAACAGCAUGGACGGCAUAUAAGCAAACAAGACGCGUUCGACAACGUUAUGGAAUCACUCGAGUGCAUACACCCUACGUGGUAAUGAUAUGGUCCGAACUCGCUGUGUGUUUGGCGUUUGCAAUCAUCUGCUGGCUUCAUUUGUAUGAUGCUGAAACUAUUCCCCCAAGUUUCGCAUUCUUUUUCUGCAUCCUCACUCUCUGGGCUUUACAGGUUCAAUUUCUCCUCCAGAUUAUAGUAAAUCGAAUCAGCAUUCUCUUCACCGUCAAAAAGAAAGCACUUCAUCUUAAAAUUGCCGUCGCAGUGAUCAUCACAAUGAUCAACAUUUCCGUUUACUGCAUCUGGAUUCCGGCCAGACUACAAAUUUCAGAAAGAUUUAUUCGCAUCAAUGACGUCUGGGAUCGAUGCGAGAAAAGCAUUUAUCUUUUGGUGGAUGCACUAUUAAACCUCUAUUUUAUGAAAACGGUGUACAGCAAGCUUGUGGGCAAUGGCUUGCAAAAAUACAAGACCUUGAUUAAGUUUAAUGCUGUACUGGUGGUUUUUUCCUUGAGUAUGGAUGCGUUAAUUAUCGGAAUGAUGAGUUUGAAAAAUUCUUUUGUAUACAUGCAAUUCCAUCCCCUCGCCUACAUCGUUAAACUCAACAUCGAAAUGUCCAUGGCCGAAUUAAUCGCCAAGGUAUCCGUCCUUCCCAACACCUAUCUACCACCCAAGAAUCGCAUGGCCCUGAAGAUCGGCAUACAGACCGAUAUUUCCAUCAAACACGAUGAUGCAGAUGAUAUGCAAACGUUAGAGUUAGCAGAAACAGUUAGUAGUCCCGCGCCCACGAUCAGUAAAGAGUUUGAUCACGGACGGCCGGUGGUAUUUGCAGGAGAGGAUUACGAGAAUGAUAGCGAGAGGGAAAUGGUGAGGAAGAGGGGGGAGAGCGAUGUGAGGAUAAAAGGGGGGACGUGGCUAAGUGCCUAG